UCUGUAUCUGUCUUUAUUUCUUCGAUUCCAGCACUUUAAUGACAUCACAUCAUUGUACACCCUAAAACCUCCAUCUGAAUCGACAUCUAUGAAUGACAUAGUGCCACUGCAAGAAAACAUCAGGUCUGCCACUUCUUCUGGUUCUCAAGUUCCUUUUCCUGAGGAUUUUUUAUCCAGUUUUCAAGAAUCCAGUCCCUUUACUGAGUAUUCACAAUGCUUUCCUAAACUGCAUAACAGCAAAUGCUGUUCCCCAAGUUACAGCCAAAAUAUAUCCUGCACUGCAAGUCCCAACUUAAUGGGACCUUCAGUAGUCUAUGAAGGAGGCAUUUCAUCCUUUCAGGAUAAUAACAAAGUAGAUAGACAGCAUCACCUCUCAUUUCCAAAAACAAUGGAAACAGGAAGAAGAGUACAUUUGUCAUUAACACAGAACAGUAUUGACACACCUAUCAGUAUUUGCUGCGGAGCCCCAAUGCCACAGUUAGGGUAUGACCAAAAUGGUAGUAAUACUUACCUUGAAAAGUGUGGACAAAGCAGAAUGUGCCUUUCAAAGGCAGCAACGGGCCAAAACUUACGAAUGCCGGUCUUCUUAAAGAACGCUGUUCGUCAAGCUGCUAAAGAUGUUCAUGGGGUGAAAAAGCAACGUGACUCUGACCUGGAUUUCAAACAGCCGUGGUACUUUGUUUCCAAUAAAGAUGUUCCAUACCAGCAGUGCUCUAGCAGUUUUCUAGGAGAAUUUGGCAGGGGAACACCUGGCAGUCCAGAAUUUCAAUUUGAGGAGAGCUUUAGGGAUGGCCACUUAUUCACACAAGCAAGGGAUUCAUCUUCUUGUGCUCCAAAUUUCUGUGGAGCAGCCUCCAAUCCAGACAUAUUUUUUAACCUGGACUUUCGAACUGGAGAAUAUACAGGAAAGAAAGGGCUCAGUUUAUUACCAUCUAAGCCAAGGGAGCAAGAUGCCCCAGCAGAAUUCACUCAGAUACCACAGCUUAAAAAACGCCGUCUAACAUUUGAAAAAGAUCCUGGGAGAAGUGAUGGUCAAACACGUCUCAAAUUCUUUUAAAGGAAACACAGGCUUCCAAAUAUCUGUUUAAAUCUAAUGUACUUCCAU